AUGCAGGUCUUUCAGGCCUGUGGUGGCACACUUACGGAGGUGAACGUGCGGAAAGGCCAGGAUGCAACAUGCAGUAUCGCGCAAUCGGAGGAUAUUAUUGAUGUUACAAGCGUCGGGUUCCCCAUGGUGAAAGGCUGGAGCCUCGCGGAUGAUUUCAAUACAGCACUGUUAAAGCUGAAAGAGGACGGGGUGAUCCAAAAUAUCCUAGAUAAGUGGUUUAAGCUUCCGAGUAAGUGUCGCGGAGCAAGCGAUGAAAAUUUAAUCACGCUAGACUGGACGCACUUCAUUGGCCUAUACAUCAUUCUUGGAGUUGGAAUCCUGCUUUCUUUUAUUCUUCUUGCCAUCAAACUCAUCUAUUUAUGGCGCAGAGAUAGGACGACACAGGAACAUGACUUAUCGACGCCGGUCCAAUCAACAUUAAAUUUGACUGAAUUCAAAAACUCCAAUAACCCGAGCUCCUAUUUUGAAGAUCGUGGUUAUACUAACCCGAGUAUGAAUAACCUAACUGGAAGUCCUCGGCACAAUGCCUCCAAGAACGCUACCCCAGAGCCAGACGAGCUACUUUAUUGAAAUUGCAUUCCAGGUGAAUUAGAGCAUCACGAUGGCAUUUUUCGGCUGUAAGAUUAAACGUCCAAAGAUACGUGUUUAA